GUGUGAGAUAAAGAGCUGAAAUGCAUGCAACGCGCUGGGCAAUUGUUGCCUUGAUUUGUGUCUAUCAACAGCUGCAAAUGGCUGCGGCCAAGAAUGACUUUGAGCUGCAUUUUGAGAAUUUUACAUGCAAGAGCGACAGCAGCUCAAAGGGAAAUCCGCUGCAGAGCGUCCACUGUGGUCUCAGCAGGAAUCCCAAGCGGCGAACCCUGCACAUGGAAUUUUCACUGAGAGAACUGAUGCACGAGCACGAUUUUCACAUUGUCGUCAUCCUGCCCCGCCGCACCAUGAACUUUGUGCUGAUCAACGUGACCACCGAUGGCUGCCAAUUGCUAUCGAAUAAGAAUCAAAUACCGCUGCUGCGCAUCUCACGCCAAAUGCUUGACCGCUACAGCAAUUUCCCGGCCCAGUGUCCCUUUGAGCGGGCCAAGCCGUACUAUCUGCGCGGCUUUCGUUUGGAUCUGAGUUUAAUACCCGCCGUGAUGAUGGAAACACCCGUGGCCGUACAAUUCAGCUACAGUCGCCAGCGUGUGCAGUUAUUCCAAGGCCACAUCACGGCCCAUGUGCAGCGCACCGUCAAUGCCAAGCAGAAGAAAAGCGGCUGA